AUGGCGGGAGGCGAUGUCGGUGCUGCGUUUGGAGAUGUAGGAGUUGUCGAGCCAACGUCCUCUGUGACCGUGCAAGACCUCCAGCGAUACGACGGCUUCGAGGAUUACGCGGCGCAGGGGCAGCAGAUGGAGAACAGCGACGUUGGCUGCUUCGCGAACGAGUGCAAGCGGGAGACCGCCUCCUGCUUCACGGACGGGAGCUGCUUGAAGGGCGUUACGUGCCUCGGCCGAUGUAAGGGGGAGCAGGAGUGCGCGACGCGGUGCUUCGCGCAGUACGGGAGCAACAAGCUCGACUCGUGGCUCACGUGCACUCUGGAGGACCACAGCUGCGUGAAGAUUCCGAAAGAUAUGGACUUUUCGGCGAUCGACAAGGACCCCCCGCACAUCGUCAAGGGCUUCGAGGCGAAGCAGUUGCAGGGGACGUGGUACAAGAUCAUGGGGGUGAACAAGAAGUACGACUGCUUCGACUGCCAGAAGAACACGUUUAACGUGGCUCAGGCGGUAGACGCCCCGGUACCGGCGGGAGGUGACGUCACCGCGGCGACGGCGACCCCGCGCCAGGUCGCCGACAUCAAGGUCAACUUCAGGCUGGCCAAGCCGGACUCGGACGACUUCUGGGAGAACACCAUCACGGAGACGCUGCAGGUGGACCCCGCGGACUCGCCCCGCACUUUCCACACGGACGGGAAGCUGUUCGGUCUCUCGUUCAAGGAGAACUGGUAUGUUACGGGCCACUCCACCGACCCCGGGGAGGAGUUUGUGUUCGUGCAGUACCGGGGGCACACCCUCCAGGGGAGCUACGACGGGGGGUUCGUGUACGCGAGGAAGCCGUACCUGCCCAAGAGCGCGCUGGCCAAGGUCGCCCGGGUGGCUAGGGAGCAUGGCAUAGACCCUGGCAGCAUGUUGGCCAUCGACAACACGUGCUCGGUGCGAAAGUCACUGCCUCGCGCCGGGGACGCCACCAACAUGAACCCGUUGGAAAGGCUCCAGUACGAGGCGUCCUUCGUGUAUGACCUGAUGGAGUGGGUGCACCCGGGCACGAUCCACAAGUACGCCAAGACGGACCAGAAGAGCAACAACCUGGCCUCUUCCCCGUCGUCGUUGUCGUCGUCUGCCACGAUGGCGAAGGCCGGCGGCGGGGGCAUGUCUUCGUCCCUCAAGGCCGGCCCUCUGGCGGAGGACGAGGGGUAACAAGCGCGAGUCCUGCUGCUGUUUCCUCUGUGGGAGACACGGUCCGCGGUACCAAUACCUCCAGUAAUGGGGCGGUGAUUGCCGUAUUAGAGUCGACCCCCAGGCGAUGGGAUGGCGGCUGUCUGUCCCGAUGGGAGAUGGUGGUUCGGAGAUCGUGGGAUCGUCUUGCUUGCCGCCCCCGUUGCUGGAAGGUGACGGGUAGACGAGAGGGAGAACUACCCACGGGGGGAGAGAUGAAGAAUCACGGCGCCCCUUUUCCUGAUGGGCGUUGAAUUGAAGUCAUUGCCGGGGCAUAUGCAUAUGAGGGGUGAUCGUCCCCUGUUUGUGUUUGGAAGGUGGCCGGGGGUAGUGAAGCUGCCGAGUCCCCGUCCUGUCCGUUGCAAGCUCAUUGUUGUUCUCCGGGGCGUGACAAGUAUAUGUGGAAGUUGAUGGUGGCUAGUUCAUGAAGUUCCCGAUGUCCCCCCUCCCCCUCCCCCCCUUUUUUUUCUGUCAAGGGUAAACAAGCUUGACCGGCUUGACUGACCCGACUUGAUGCGUUGCCUCGUUACGGUGGUUAGGACUAUUGUGUUGAUGCCGAUGUCCUUGGUACCAUGUACCAUACCGUUAUUGUUCGGAACUGAACACCGGUUGCCCUCCACUUUGGGUGUUGGUAAAGGGCUGGCUAGCUAGGGGUUUUAGCAGCAGCAGCAGCUCUUGAUGCCGUCGUGUAGUAGACGUGACUGCUGUUGCGCCUUCCCUGUCGGAGCCGAGGCCUAGUUCCGCUCGAGACUUAGCUCGCUUGUUUUGGUUUUGCGGUCCUUUUGGGUUAGCCCAGCAUAGCGGCUGCUCUGACAGUCUUCCUUCCGGGUAUUUAUUUACAUCGUAGGCUUGGAAUUUUUUUUUUGGCUUCCCCUCUCUGCCUGGCUGCUGUUGUUUGAUUGGCCUGGUGUACGCGCGGCUGUUGAGGAGGUAAGUAAUACACCGCCUGCCGGCUGUUGAGGCGACUCUGGUUGUUUUGUUAGCGACAGGUGGGGUGCUGUGGGAUGGGAGCUGCUCCGCUGUUUUCGCUAGUACGUACCAGGAACAAUUGUUGUUGUUGUCUCCGCGUUGGCCGGCCCGCGGCCUUUCCUCCUCCUCUGUUUCCUCUUACUCAUAUAUAUGCAUAUCCAUAGACUUUGCUUGACCUUGUGCCGUUGAUUAGUUGGCAGGAUGGCUCCUGUCGAGCGUUGUUUCGCUUUUUAGAUCGGUUUCACUUCUGUUACUCGUGUCGGGCAUGUAUCAGCCCUCUGUGGGGCAUGUUCCCUUUAGGGUCGCGCGUUGGAGGAGGCGAUGUUGGGGAGGGGGCUGGGGCAGGGUCGGAACUGAUACCGCCGUGCCCUCGUGCCGUGUGGGCUAUUCCGGCCAAGUCCUGGCGUGUCGUUGUGUUUGUGUUGGGAAUGGCCUGGCCGCCACACAGACAGAGACGCGCGAGGGUCACUUUUCGGUUGGGGAGCAUAGUUCUCUUUUUCUUUCGUUGCUGUCGGCGACUCUGACAGCUACCCGGCCCUCUGACGGGUUUUCCAGUCGAGAGCUUGGCGUGUGUUGUCACGAGAUAAGCAAGGGGGCGUGCAAAGACCUAUUUUCGAUCGAGGAGCAAUGCCUUUUUCUUUUCUUUUUUUCUUGGCGAAGGUUGUUGAACCACCCGGCCUGUUGCGGUUUUUUUUCGUACACUUGCUUGAGUGUGUAUAUUGUUUGCGUGUUGAUUUUUAGAAGAACGGGGGGCUGCAGCACAGGGCUGCGCAUGAAACAAACAUAGGAGUGGUUUUCAUGGCAGCAGUUGACGUGUGUAUGGUAAGGCGAGAGGCAGGGAGGUAAGCAGUUGAUUGAUUUGGGGGCUUUGACAUGUUUAUUUAUAGAAGAUGCGGUGUUCCAAGCCGCCUUGCCCCCGUGCUCAGCAUCAUGCACAGAGUAGUGGAUGUAGCGUUGCUGGAGCCAUGCCCCCCGGGGUUGGGCCGGGCGACAGAGGGCAGGAAGAAAGAAGAGGAAUAAUAAGUACACUCAUCUUGUCCAUGUCGGCGCUCAAAUUUCACACCACGUGCACACACACUUAUUACUACUACUUUUGUCGUG